CGUUAUGUUGUGUGCACAGGGAAUUGGUGCUUUGGCUCUUUUCCACUGUGUAAUAACAGUGACUGCACUGAUAGACUCUGAUGAUGUCAUCACACGAGACGAGCAGAUCUACGUUCUGAUUGGUGCUCACGCCAGGUGUGAGAGGGAAAUCCAGGCACAAAUGGCCCUGGUUAAAGACGGUGACUGCAUCCCAGAGUGGGACGGGAUCAUCUGCUGGCCACAGAGCAGAGCGGGUCAGCUGAUCUCAGUGCUGUGUCCAGAGUACAUCUACGACUUCAACCACCGAGGGCGAGCCUACCGCCAGUGUGAUGCAUCAGGAAACUGGGAGCAGGUGUCCAGUAUCAACCGCACUUGGGCUAAUUACACAGAGUGCACCACAUAUUUGACCUCCAACCACAGGAGCCAGGAGGAGAAGGUGUUUGAGAGACUCCAUCUCAUGUACACUGUCGGCUAUUCCAUUUCUCUCGCGUCGCUGUUGGUGGCAGUCUCCAUCCUCUGCUAUUUCAAGCGCCUCCACUGCACACGCAAUUACAUCCACAUUCACCUCUUCACCUCCUUCAUAUGCCGAGCAGUCAGCAUUUUCGUGAAGGACGCUGUGCUCUACUCCAUAUCUGAUGACAGUAAGGUUGAGCCUGAGUUCACUGCACAGAAGCCCCAUAUGGCCGGUUGUAAAGUUGCUGUCACUCUCUUCCUGUACUUCCUGGCGACCAAUCACUACUGGAUCCUGGUGGAGGGGUUGUACCUACAUAGCCUCAUCUUCAUGGCCUUCCUCUCUGACAAGAACUACCUGUGGGCCCUCACCAUCAUCGGGUGGGGCGUUCCGGCUGUGUUUGUGUCCAUUUGGGUCAGUGCACGAGCAUCACUGGCAGACACCCAAUGUUGGGACAUCAGUGCCGGAAACCUGAAGUGGAUCUAUCAAGUUCCCAUUCUGGCGGCCAUUGUUGUCAAUUUCCUCCUCUUCGUCAACAUAAUCCGAGUACUGGCCUCCAAACUGUGGGAAACCAACACUGGUAAAUUGGAUCCUCGCCAGCAGUACCGGAAGCUGCUCAAGUCUACAUUGGUCCUCAUGCCUUUGUUUGGAGUUCACUACAUGGUGUUCAUGGCUCUCCCCUACACUGAGGUCACCGGGCUGCUGUGGCAGGUGCAAAUGCAUUACGAGAUGUUCUUCAACUCUUCCCAGGGCUUCUUUGUUGCAUUUAUCUACUGUUUCUGCAAUGGGGAGGUGCAGGCAGAGGUAAAGAAGGCGUGGUUGAGACGCAGCCUCGCUCUGGACCUCAAACAGAAAGCCAGGAUGACCAGCAGCGGCGGUGGAGGCAGCUGCUACUACGGCGGCAUGAUGUCACACACCACCACGCACAGUGUCAGCUUGUCUGCUGCGCAUCCCAGGGCGCUUUCCUUCACUGGGGGUGUGGUGGGAUCAGCUGGAGCUGCCGGUGGCGGCUCAGGGGUCAGGCCACCGCGCCACACCUCGCUCCACCCACAAAGCAACCUGCCCGGAUAUGUGCCUGGUGAUACUGAGACCUCAGGAGUGUUCGCCAGACAUGUCAGGACCAGUAAGGCAAAUCAUGACUCCAAAGGUCAUGGAGUGCCUUCAACCCCUGGAGCAGAAGAUCCAGACAGCUCCUUAUCUCUGAAAGAGCUGGAGACCAUCUUGUGAUUGUCUUGGUAUUGUAUAAAGGUCAGACGUGGUGUGAGUCAGACUGGUCAUACAAACUCCUCCAUGUUGAUUUGCAUUUGCAAACACAGAGCUGGUGCUCUACCAAAGCGGAAAUCUCAAGGAUUUACUUGCACUGUGCUGUUUUUGUUGAGCUCAAGAAUGAACUUUUGAUCUCAGCUUCAACGAGAAUGAACUGAAAGUGAAGAAAUUUGAACAUUUACAACUCCAUGACAGCUGCUGAGGAAGAUUGUGUUACAUGAUUCAAAGAUGCAGACCUUGUGGUUUUCGGUGGAUUUCGGCAGGAGUAGAAACCAAUUUCAAAUUAACAAAAUGACACCAAAGGCCCAAAAUACGAUUGCAUUACAUAACAUGCGGUCUGUGAUGCUUUAUGUUGUACUAUAACCUCAA